AUGGACAACCAAGCACAGCGUCUGCGAGACCUGCGCGAGGAGAAGAGAUUCACCGAAGAGCUGAUGGACAUGGCGCAGAACGAGGACGAGCGCCGCGAACGUCUGCUGGAGCUGGAGUCGGUCAUGCAGCAGAUCAAUGCGAUCCAGAACGGCGGUGCAGAUGCCAGUCGCUCUCAGGUAACGUACUCGACCACAUACGGUGGUGUAGCACAAGCUAAUGGUAUCUUGAACAGACGCCCUUCGACGCCUCCCCCACUCCGACUCCCACCAGCACGUCGCAGACCCGCCGCGCAGCAGCACUUUUACGGCGGUGUCCCGAACCCAGGCGCGACCAACAGUACCCCAAGUAGCGGACAAGCUUCGUCCCAGGGUGGCCAUCAGCAGAGCCCAACCCCCUCGACGCCCAGCGGAACUUCUCGCAAAGUCCCCACGACCUACACCGGCGCCACUCCGACCAAGUUGGACCAAUUCAAGCGUAUCGAUACCGACGUCGUGCUGUACGGCUUGAUCGUACGUGACCAAGAGACAGGUCGCACGCUCGAGCUCGAGUGCCCGAUCUGCCACGGUAACUGCGGUCGGUCGACGAAAAAGGGCUCGAGCAACGGAUUCCGGGUGCUCAACGGCCUUCGGGGGCUCAAGAUACACAUCGAGAAAGCCCACCGGCCGGCAUUCGAGGUCACCGCGGAGUAUAUGACGACAGCAGGCUUGCGGCAUGAGAUGACGGCGGAGGAUACCCAGCAGCUCGCAGCCAAGCGCUACGAGGUUGACUGUCGGCCUGUCACGACGGCAACCUACCCACAGCCCGCGCUCGGUCGUCAGGUGCCGACUUGA